AUGUCCCCUGCUGGCGAGACAGGCACAUCGGCUACUCCGCCACGCGCCAAUGCAUCAAAUCAAGGUGGUAGUAAACUAGAGUCCACCCCAAACAGCCGUGGGGCUUCCGUCGUCAGCGAGCACAUCGACUUGGUUGGUGUCCAGGUUAAGGAGAUUCGGCCGUGGAUUCAGCGGGACAUCGAGCAGGCCAAGCAGUGCAAGGCAGAUGCUAUGCUGCAAGCCCUCCUACAGCGCGCGUCUUGCGCGCCGGAGACGAAACAGCCCGAGCUCCUGCAAAAGUGCCUGAAGGGAGUCCUGCCAGUUUGCAAUGGACAGGUCUCUGCUGGAGGCAUUUCCUCUUCAGGCAUCGAGAUAGCCUUGAAAAAAUACGUAUGUCCAGGAGUAGAAAACGACUUCUACGGCCCUUUUAUUGACGCGACGAACAUCGCGAUCGCUUGUCUUCAAGAGAUCAAGAUGGACGGGAUGCGCGCUCCUGUCUCCGCCGUGGACAUGAUCUUCCAGCAGAACGACAUGCCCAUGUAUCAAACCCACCAGAAGGCGAAAUCAACUCGGAAGCCCGACAUUGUCAUCCUUCCUUUGAAGAGCGCAUGCGCAUGCUUCCAGGAUGAUAACGGCAGCAAGACGGGCAAACAGAAAGACAAACGAAAGGCCGCCAAGAAGGAUGACCAGAAGGACGAUACAAAGGACGGUCAGAAGCGUAAGGAUCACAUGGUCAAGAACGCAAAGGCGAAGCCAAAAAAUCUUCGCUGGAAAGAUGUUUGGCUUGCAUCGAACCAUGUCCCCACUAAACCAGAACAUCUGCCGGUGGAUCAUCUCAAGGCUGAAGUGCCUACGCCAGGCCCUUCGCAGACCCCGGCAGCACAACCUGCGUCCGAUACCGCGCCAGAUCAAUCUUCCGGCCUCACCGCUGCACAGACUUCCAAGGGCGGGUCCAGCUCCAAGCGCAAGGCUGCGGACACUUUGGAAUCUACCACGAAAAAAACCAAGUUCAAUCCUGACGAGCCAGAUGUGACCGUCCAGACGGGCCUGUACGCCGCAGAAAUGUUUGCGGCCAAUGUUGCCGUCGAACAUCUGAUUAAUUUUAUCGUUGUCGACGAUGUGAUCUGGACCUGGUAUUAUGAUCGCCAGGGCACCCUUCAAAGCUCGGGCAUUAAUUUCAUUCAGAAUCUCCCGCGAUUCAUAGUGCUGUUAUAUGCGUUACAACGCUUCAAGGUCCACGAUUGGGGCCGAAACAAGCACUUCCUCCCGGUUGAAGUUGAGGGGAAGCAAUGUCACGAAUUGAAAAUCAAGGACGAAGAACUUGGAACGGGCGGGCCGACCAAUGUGGUUCCUGUCACUAGCGAAGCGCUCACUAAGAAGUAUGGUAGCUUCGAGGAUGGAAUGGUUGAGGAGAUCGCUAAGAGGCACCCGACUGUCGAAGGGCACAUUCCGCAGCUGCUCUGGCACCACAAAUUCACGAAUCCCACGUCCGCCAUUCGAGAAGCGCUCGGUGUUCCUGAACCCACCACGGGAGGUCGGGUGCUCUACAUUCUUGUGUUCCGCAAGCUCCACCCCAUCACGAAGCUUCACGGGAAAGAGCUUUUCGACGCGUGGAAGGGGUCCUAUCAUCGAGAUAUCAGCCCUGGAAACUUGAUGUGGUACAGGAAAGGCGACAAACUGAUAGGUGUCUUAAACGACUACGAUCUAUCUUCGUUGGCGAAUGCAUUGGGUCCUCAGGGAAACGAGCGUACGGGCACGGUACCGUUCAUGGCCCUCGACCUUCUCACCAAAGAGGGUCAACAAGGCAAAGUGAAACACCUAUAUCGCCACGAUCUGGAAUCGUUUAUAUGGGUUUUCGCCUGGAUUUUCUUGCGUUAUAGGCAGGGAGUCCUACUGGAAAGAUCGCGCCCUCUCGACCAGUGGGCGACUUUAGGCGCUAUUGCAUGUCGCGAGAAGAAGUCAGACUUUCUGACGAAUCCCUACAAUCAUUUGCCCGCGGACCUCAAAACUUCUCAAUCGGCCAUAGAUUUAUCUUUAUGGGUUCUCAUUGUGGACUGUCUUCAGGUGCUCCAGGCAGCUAACUCCAAUCGCGUUAAUGACAUGCACCAGAACCUCGUUGUUGAACUAGGAUUGACGGAGGGAACAUACGAGCAGAUGGAUGCCGAGGAAACAGUAUCGGAUAUGGAUGAUUUACUAGGCAAAUUCACAGGUACCAGGGUGUGGGUUAAGCUCAGCAACCCUUCACCUUCAUAG